GCUUUCUGUCUCGCCGUGCCUAUUCAUGUUGCUGAAUGGAAAGACGGACCGUCGCUGUGCCGUGAAUUGAAGACUAUACCAGCUCAAUCCGACAGCGAGAACAUGGCGCCAGCGCGAAUCAGGGCCAGACCCGCCCAUCCGCCCGGUCCAACGUAUCUUAGCUACACGCCGGACGGCUCCAAGCUGGUGACAGUUGGAUUGGACAACCAUCUUCGUGUUUACCACACAGGCUCAGACGCGGAACCCAACACCAUUGACGAGUCGUCAGACAACAACACCGCGGUUGCAGCAUCUAAUACUUUCUUCGUGGUCGGUUCUGAAGACGGAACAGUGUCUAAGUACUCCUUGGAAACAAACACGCUUGACGAGGUUCUGACCCGCUGCACCCUUCCUAUUCGCGAUGUCGCACUCUCCCCCGAUGGCAAUUGGGUCGCGGUGGCCAGCGAUGAACUUUCCGUCAAGGUCGUCAACACCAGUGACAUGAUGCAGGUCAUGCAUCUCCGUGCCCAGCCCCGAGCGGUCAAGCAUGUCACGUUUGACUCGAGCGGAUCUCUCAUAUCUGUAUCCUGCGUCGACGGUGCAGUCUACGUCUACUCACUCAGCUCUGAGGAGCCAAGGUUGAUCCAAAAGGUUGAAGGCUUGAUCAAAAGCCUGGAGACCGAUGCAGAGGCCAGCUCGAAGGCCGUGUGGCAUCCGGAUGGACGCGCCUUCGGAGCACCAACAGGGACACGUGAUUUCCAGGUUGUAUCACGCGAAGACUGGGAGCCCCAGCGCGCUUUCAAGGACGGCCACGCAAGCGAUAUCACUGCAGCAGCUUGGUCGCCAAAUGGCGCCAUACUAGUCACAACCAGCAUGGAUCGCAAGAUGUGUAUGUGGGACACGAAAACUCAGAAGCUGCUUCGAACCGUGGAUGACGUUCGUGCUACUGUGCUUGCAAUGCAGUGGCAUCCAACGCAGAAUAUUCUGUCUUAUACCAACAACGAUGGUGAGCUGUAUAUCCACACCGACUUCGUACCGGAGGAGUACAUCGCCCUACUGCACAAACCUCUUCAGCCCGCACCAUUCAUACACGAUCCGCUCCAAGAGACAUCAGGCAACGCUUUGCGAACGCUAGUCAAUGGUAAUGGCAAAGACGGUCGCCUCGCUCGCCCCCGUGCGUUAUCACCUGAUUCACUCGACGAUAUCCUUGGCCUUGAUCACAUGUCGGAUGUCGAGGCAGAGGGAGACAAUUUCGUUGUUGAUGAUGAUGGCAAUGGCUACGCAGAGAUCAACAGAAAUGGCAAACGCACCAACGGACACUUACCGUUGUACGACGAACAUAAAUCAAAGCGGCCCUCGUACAGCGCGUGGGAGCCGCAGAUACAUGAGACAUUCCAGCCAGGCAGUACACCGUGGCGGGGAAAUCGCAAGUAUCUUUGCCUCAAUCUCACGGGUGUCGUGUGGACUGUUGACCAGGAAACACAUAACACCGUCACCGUGGAAUUCUAUGAUCGCGACUUCCACAAGGACUUCCAUUUCACCGACCCUUUCUUCUACGACAAGGCUUGCCUCAACGGGAACGGCACACUUUUCGCUUGCCAGCCACGAGAAGACGAGCUGGCACAAGUCUACUACCGUCCGCACGAGACUUGGACUACGCGGACAGACUGGCGGUAUUCAUUACCGAAGGGUGAGCGCGUCGUAUCAAUCGCGCUGAGCGACAACUACGUUGUAUGCUCAACCAGUGCAAAUUAUGUGCGAAUCUUCACGCUGUUUGGUGUUCCCCUGCGCGUAUAUCGUCAGAAAUCCUUUCCCUCGAUCACCUGCGCCGCCUUCCGAGACUAUGUCCUUACGAUCGGCAACGGCCCCGUGGGCGGAGAUGGACGGGCUCAGCUUUUGUACACCAUUGAAAACGUGAAACGGGACGAGACAUGCCAGAGCGAAGAUCUGCUUCCGCUGCCGCCUGGCGCGGAACUUCGUAGCGUAUUCUUUAGCGACAGGGGAGAUCCGUGCAUCUACGACACGACGGGCACUCUCCUAACGCUCUUGCAUUGGCGCACACCUGGCCAAGCGAAGUGGGCGCCGCUCCUGGACACGAAGCAAAUGGACCGUCUUGCGUCCGGCAAGAAAGAAGAGUCAUACUGGCCCGUCGCCGUGGCCAACGAACGCUUCCACUGUAUUAUUCUCAAAGGCGGCGACAAGUACCCAUACUUUCCGCGCCCCUUGCUCACUGAUUUUGAACUGCGUGUACCACUAGGCCAUGUGCCCCUUGCCAAUGCCCACGGUGGCGAUGAGCAGGACCAGGCGCCGUCUUUGAUGGAAUCGCAGGUCCACGAGCAGUCUUACGUGCUCAACUCGCUCCUGCUGACGCUGAUCACGGAUCUUGUCGAGAACACGCGCGCAUCGCCUUCGCAAAAGGUGGAACUCGCUAAAAAGACGCUCGAUGUGGACAAGUCUCUCCUGCAGCUGCUCGCCGUCGAAUGCAGAGAGGGCGGCGAAGAACGCGGCAUGAAGGCCCUCGAGAUCGUCGGCCUGAUGCGCGACACCUCGGGCAAGAUGAUGGACGCCGCGGUCAAGGUUGCGAGACGGUACGGCAUGGACGUGCUGGCUAGCAAGAUUGUCGAGCUUGCUGAACGGAGGAUGGUUGGACUUGUGGACGACGACAGUUGAUCGAGGCAAGACGUUAGAAGAAAUGUCACAUCGGAGACUAUCCGGGUGGAAAGUUCUUUUUUUUUUUCUUUCAAAGGGUAAAUGAGCGAUACCAUGACUUAGCAUCUCUCGACCGCUUCGAGGGGAAGGUUUCCCAGACUAAAACCGUGAGCUGUGCUCAGAAUUGUAGUAAGCGUACAGCGGGCAUGGAUGAUGACAAGAGAAGUGACUCGGAAUUAAUUACUCUGCAUUCGACGAUCUCUAGCUCGAGAGCGGGCAGCGCUGUGCUUUCUCCGUACGUUCGCAAAACAAUCUACACGUCGAGAACAGCGCACAUCUGUCAAUUGCUUUACAGUAUAUGCAGACAUCCGCAUGGUAGCCCUGAAACUCAACCCGCGGCAGCAGUUCUCGACUCUCCCCCGAGUGUUUUGAACAUGACAAACCUUUGCGCGUGCGAAAUGCUCUGAUUCAUUCCUAGUCCUCUGCGGUAUUCAAGAGUUUAAACUUUGCGAAUGUACGAAUGGACUGCAGACAUCUCCUAGGCUGAGAUGCGACGCCCAAGACAGAAACCGAGGUGACAAAGAAGCAUAUUCGGGAACGGAUAGAGGCGCGACAGAGUCACGGCCAACAAGAGCGUUGGCGUUUUGUGCGCACGCAUGGGCGCGUUCUGUGGGUCUACUUUCGGC